AUAUUCAUCGAUCCGCAUAAACACUCAUCCACCUCGAACUUUCCUUUCUAAAAAAAAAAAAAUAAAUAAAUAAAAUAAAUAAAAAAAAAGGAUUUUUAAGAAAAUAUAAAAAUCGUUGUAAGGCAAAUCUUAUCUAUCCGCAAUAAUGCAGCUCUCCUCUAUCAUUACCAGCCUCGUCGCAGCUGCCUCUUGCAUCUUGGCCCUUCCGGCGCCGCAAUUGGCCAAGAGAGAAAUCGGAGGCGUCCUAAUUUGCAAUGGCGCAGAUGCUACGGGCACAUGCCAUUAUGAUGUAUACUCAAUGCACGACUGCCACCAGCUGCCUGACGGCCUGAUCAACAACGCCAAGACCUUCGCUCCCGAUGGCGACGCGUUCUAUUGCUGGCCCAAGGUAGGCCGCUGUGACCAGAUCUGCACAUCUCCCACUGGUUGCACGUUCGGCGCCGUGUCCUUCUACAACCCCGUCAAAUGGGAUCUGUCGACCAUUCACUGGGACACUUUGAUCACAUCCUUCGAAUGUAGGCUCAACGAGACUACGAAGGCUUAAACCUGGGAAGAGAAUUGACGACGUAAAAAAGAGAAAAAAAAAGUUUGGCAGACUGGCAUGACGCUAAUGAGGCAGACAG